UUGUGGUGAUGGUGUUGUUGUUGUUGUUUUAAAUUACAAUUCCUUUUUUAAAUCAGUCCCCACUUCCUUCAGAAGCAUAUUUUAGAGGCAUUAUAUAAUAAUCGCUGCGGUGGUUCAAACUGCUUGCGUUUGAAGCCGAUUUGGAUUGACUAAACAAACAGCGAUGUGAAUGUGAAGUCACGUGAGAGGAGCUCUCUCUAACAGCGCCGCGCUCGCUGGUGAGAGGAGCUCUCUCUAACAGCGCCGCGCUCGCUGGUGAGAGGAGCUCUCUCUAACAGCAUCCCUCUUGCUGCAUUGACCCCAAACCCUAUUGCAUUGCUAUUAUACUUUUCUGGUCACAACAAAUUAUUACUAUUAUUAUUAUUGCGUCAUUUAGCAGACGCUUUUAUCCAAAGCGACUCACAGAGACUAGGAGGGUGAACUCUGCAUCAUCAACAACUGCUGCUGCUGCUGCUGCAGAGUCACUUCCAAUAGGAGCUCGUUUGUUUGACGUCUCAUCCGAAGGACGGAGCACAAGGAGGUGAAGCGACUCGCUCAGGGUCACACACACACACGCACACACACACACACACAGGCAGUCAGUGGCUGAGCCGGGAUUUGAACCUCCUGCUAUCGAGACCCCUUUUCUUUCACCGCUGGACCCCCAAGCCUUCUUAUUUAAAUAUUCAGCAUUUUAUUCUAAAGUAAUUUCUAGGGUUAAUUUUGAAAGACAGAUAUUGCAGGAAAAAAAAAACUAAAGCUUUUUGUUUAACUAAAUUAGAGUUGUUAUCAUAAUAACGGUUAUUUAAUUUAUUUAUUUAUUAAUAACCGGUAGCGCGAUGCCAGUUGAAAAUGCUCCAGAAUUUUAGGAGGAUGUGAUCUCGACCGUGCUGGUAGCUGGUCGGGGAUGGAUUGCUCUCCCCUGGCUGGUCGGUUCACUCCCCCGUCUCCUCUCUAUCGGUUGCUCGGCGGUCGGCUGCUCUCGCCUCUUUGCGAAUGAAAGACAGACAGACUCCUCGAGCAGGGCGAGUGAUGCUGCCUCUGCGAAUCGAGAGUAAUUAAAUACAGCGCUUAAAAACAUUAUAUAUGAGUACAUGUACACUGUACUGCAAAGAUGGAAUCUCAGUGCGAAUAUUUCAUGUAUUUCCCGGCCGUGCCCAUUUCCGAGCUGUCAGACCCGGCGCGGUACCGGUCGUUACCCCGGCGGAGUCACCUGUACCUGGGGGAGACGGUGCGCUUCUUACUGGUGCUGCGGUGCCGGGACGGGGGCGGCUCCGGCGGGGCAGACUCGCAGAGCGGCCGGGCUUGGAGGGAGCUGGCCGGCUCUUUGUCCGCCGUGGCCAGCGUCAGCCCCGGCGGGAGCGGCCAGCAGCAGGGCGACGGAGACGAGACUGGGUUAGAGGCCGAGGAAGAGCAACCAGCGCCCGGCCGAGGAGACGGGAAGACCCGCGGCUUCCGGGAGUGCAAGCCGCUGCUGAUCCACAAUAACAGUGGGAGCAGCGGGAAGGAGUUCCGGAAAGCGCCGGUGCAGUCUCCUCUCGAUGAGCCGGUGGUCCUGAGCGAUGAGGUCAUCUUCCCCCUGACCGUCUCACUGGACAAGCUGCCCGUCGGCACCCUGAAGGUCAAGAUCAUAGUGACCGUGUGGAAGCACGAUGUGGAGAAGGCUGAGGUUCGAGAGCACGGCUACCUGACCAUCCUGCAGAACCGCAGCCCCGCCCACAUAUUCAGAGAGGACCUCAACACAUUCAAGGCUCAGGUCAGCACGACCCUGACCGUGCUCCCCCCACCCACCGUCAAGUGUCAGCAGCUCACCGUGUCGGGAAAAUACCUGACCGUGCUGAAAGUUUUAAACACCUCCUCUCAGGAAGAGAUCUCUAUCCGGGACGUUCGGAUUUUGCCAAAUUUCAACGCGUCCUACCUUCCCAUGAUGCCGGACGGGUCGGUGCUGCUCGUCGACAAUGUGUGCCACCAGUCGGGAGACGUCGCCAUGGCGUCCUUCUACAGGAUUGACAGCGUCUCCAGUCGCCUUCCCAGCAUGCUCAGCGCCCUGGAGGAGCACAACUUCCUGUUUCAGCUGCAGGUCAACGAGAGGCCGCAGGAAGACGCCAAAGAGGGGCUGGAGGUCCCCCUGGUUGCUGUGAUCCAGUGGUCGACCCCCAAGCUGCCCUUCACAAGCUGCAUCUACACACAUUACAGGCUGCCCAGUAUCGGGGUGUCCCGGCCCCGCUUCGUGAUGAUGGCGUCCUGCGAGUCUCCCGUGUCGGUUAGGCAGCGCUUCCUGGUCCGAUACACUCUGCUCAACAACCUGCAGGACUUUCUGGCAGUGAGGCUGGUGUGGACCCCCGAGAGCACCAUCGCGGGGAAGCUCCUGUCCCGGGAGGACUCCGCCCCCUCGGAGGCGGGGCUCAGCGCUGUGGUCUGCCACACCCCCCUCAGCAGCCUGGGGUCCUGCCGCAAGGGGAGCAGCCUCGCCUUCAGCGUGAGCUUCCAGAUACUGAGAGCCGGGCUCUACGAGCUCAGUCAGCACAUGAAGCUGAAGCUGCAGUUCACGGCCUCUGUGUCUAACCCUCCCCCCGAGGCGCGGCCCCUGUCCCGGAGGAGCAGCCCGGGCAGCCCUGCGGUGCGGGACCUGCUGGAGAGACGGGAGGCGAGCCUGGGCCGGUCACAGUCCUUCAGCCACCAGCAGCCCUCGCGCUCCCACCUCACCAGGACCGGCAGCGUGAUGGAGCGCAGAGCCAUCACCCCCCCAGUCUCCUCUCCCAUUGGCCGGCCGCUGUACCACCCCCAGGAGAAAGCCGUGCUGUCAUUGGACAAGAUCGCCAAACGCGAGUGCAAGGUGCUGGUGGUGGAGCCUGUCAAGUGACAACACCUCCUCCCCAGCACAGACCUGUCAAGUGACAACACCUCCUCCCCAGCGCAGACCUGUCAAGAGACAACAUCUCCUCCCCAGCGCAGACCUGUCAAGAGACAACACCUCCUCCCCAGCGCAGACCUGUCAAGUGACAAUACCUCCUCCCCAGCGCAGACCUGUCAAGAGACAACACCUCCUCCCCAGCGCAGACCUGUCAAGAGACAACACCUCCUCCCCAGCGCAGACCUGUCAAGUGACAAUACCUCCUCCCCAGCACAGACCUGUCAAGUGACAAUACCUCCUCCCCAGCACAGACCUGUCAAGAGACAACACCUCCUCCCCAGCGCAGACCUGUCAAGUGACAACACCUCCUCCCCAGCGCAGACCUGUCAAGAGACAACACCUCCUCCCCAGCGCAGACCUGUCAAGUGACAACACCUCCUCCCCAGCGCAGACCUGUCAAGUGACAACACCUCCUCCCCAGCGCAGACCUGUCAAGUGACAACACCUCCUCCCCAGCGCAGACCUGUCAAGUGACAACACCUCCUCCCCAGCGCAGACCUGUCAAGAGACAACACCUCCUCCCCAGCGCAGACCUGUCAAGAGACAACACCUCCUCCCCAGCGCAGACCUGUCAAGUAUUGUUGUGAGGGAGGGAUGAUGAACUGGAUAACAUAGCAUGACAUCGCAUCGCAUAAACAACUUUCAACUGCUUUCCUGGAAACAAGCGGUGACUCAAAACUGGCUUCCCCUUUAAGAGUCUUGUAUGAAAUGCAGCUACAGUUCUUUUCACAUCCCCUUUAAAACUCAUUUUUAAAAGUCUUAAAAGGGAUUAUUUUUUUCCCCCACACAAAAAAAGAAAAAACCCAACAGGGGGUCCGAAUUACUUGAAUUGAUCUUCUAACAUUAAUAGAGAUUGUGAGGGAGAGAGAGACUGUGUAUAGAGAUUGUGAGGGAGAGAGAGACUGUGUAUAGAGAUUGUGAGGGAGAGAGAGACUGUGCAUAGAGAUUGUGAGGGAGAGAGAGACUGUGUAUAGAGAUUGUAUGAAGCGCUGCUGAGGGAGGGAGAGACUGUGUAUAGAGAUUGUGAGGGAGAGAGAGACUGUGUAUAGAGAUUGUAUGAAGCGCUGCUGAGGGAGGGAGAGACUGUGUAUAGAGAUUGUGAGGGAGAGAGACACUGUGUAUAGAGAUUGUAUGAAGCGCUGCUGAGGGAGGGAGAGACUGUGUAUAGAGAUUGUGAGGGAGAGAGAGACUGUGUAUAGAGAUUGUAUGAAGCGCUGCUGAGGGAGGGAGAGACUGUGUAUAGAGAUUGUGAGGGAGAGAGAGACUGUGUAUAGAGAUUGUAUGAAGCGCUGCUGAGGGAGGGACUGUGUAUAGAGAUUGUGAGGGAGAGAGAGACUGUGUAUAGAGAUUGUAUGAAGCGCUGCUGAGGGAGAUACUGUAUAGAGAUUGUAUGAAGCGCUGCUGAGGGACAGACUGUGUUGUGGGUUGCGUGGAAGGAGUCUGUGUAUAGGGUGGGGGUGCAGCAGGGUGUACCCCCUUUAGUCACAACGAGAAGCUACUGCUGAAGAGGCACAGAGGGCUUCUUUCAAUGUUUAGGGAGUUUGUUUUAACUGUCUAACACUGGAAAUGUGUUUUAUGUACUGUAUAAGAAAAUGCCACUGAUGGUCUCGCAGGAUGGGUUCCAGUAGAGAUUGCAUGUUGCCAAACCCAGUCCAGCAUGGGACAGGCUGGUACUGGGAACACUGGGAGAGUGGCUGAACAGGCAUCAGAGACAGUGCUCUAUUCUAGUCCCUUUGUAUUCUGUCCUUUCUGCCUCGUUGUGGUCUCGUCUCUAUGGCAGGACGCUGUGGCCGCGCUGUCCCUCGUCUCUAUGGCAGGACGCUGUGGCCGCACUGUCCCGGCACGGCGUCUUCGUUUCCGUGUUGUUGUUUAGGUUCGAGACUGGCCGUGUUUCACAUGGAUAUUUUUUUCAUGUUAUGCGCUCCUGUGGGUUUUUCCUGCGGUGACGGCUGCUUUCUGCACUGUGUUGUGUUGUUGCCCCAGCCAGCCAGAUCACACGAACACAGGGAGACCGUCUUACUGUUUUUAAAAUGCGUGCCGUUGUGUUUUUAACAAUCAUCGUCUGUGUCUCAAGCACUUUAUUUAAAUUCUAAUUUAUUUAAAAACAAAAUGUUUUUAGAGCUGUUUUAUUGUGUUUAAAAUGCUGUUGCUGUUUUUUUUAAUCUUGUUGUAUGUUUUGUUUGUUUGUUGUUAAAGACACUGGAAAUAUUUCUCAAGGAGAUCUCCUGUCUGUGCUUGUUUAACCAGUGCUGACUGGUUUAAUAAAUCUGAUUGGCUGACAGGUCCAUGCCUGACCAA